AUGAACAAGGACAACGGACCAACUAUGUCGUCCCACUUUGAGCCUUCAAUUGCUGCCAGCGAUGGCCAGGAUAAACCACCGCCCCGCUUUCUGCAGUGGCCACAAAGCUCAAUCAACGAUACGCCUGGAUUUUUGUUCGCAAAGCCCGCUGGCUGUCUGAAAAGCGGGUUGCCAAGAAAGCCUAUGAUGGCCCUUACUUCCCCGACAAUGAGUCUUCCUGAGAUCUCGCAGGUGCCUCGCCCGAUGGAGGAAACCAGUAUAUCAGAUACGCAAACUUUAGCUGCAAGGUCAGGCGCGGCUGAAGGUCCAGCUCAGGAUGUCUCUUUCUUGUCAACCACGCGUGGCAAUUGCAGGUCACCGCACCAAGAAACCUAUGCUACAGGGAAUCCGCUCCAAUGGAAGCCACAUAAUUUCACGUUAGCCGUUCGGCAAUCGCUGGAAAAGACAGAACCAACUGCCCGUGUGGGGUCACAGCCAGAUAUACAGGGAAUCUUUUCCCCGGAGCUUAAUGCUGGUGAGAAUGAGCCUGCCUUACCUUAUCCUAUCUCCUCUCCAUCUGCUAGCCACGAGUUGGGACCCGAAGCAAUUGCCCAAGGCUCCGAGUACAUCCCGGAGAAGCCUGAGCCUCCGAAGAGGGAUCUUCCCUUGAAACGCCCUGCGGGCUCACGAAAGGUCAAGCCAAAGAAACAAAAUUUGAACUCCAUAAGCCAAUCAGACGCGCAUCAGCUGACGGAAGACAACUUGUUCGAGCUUCUUGUGAAAAGAAUCCGACAACGAGAAGAUGAUGAAGCCGCUGCUGAAGGCAUAAGACGUCAAGUGGAGGAACAUAAUAGGAGUCUUAGUAAGGAGAACCAAGCUUUACGCUCCGAGUUGAAGGAGCUGGAUGCACAGCUACAGAAGAGCAUGGUCGAGUCAAGCGAUGCCAGGUCUCAGCUGGAAGAAUGGAAAACCAAAAUCCGCAAAUUCAGAACAGUGGUCAAUGACCUGGGUCGGGAGUACGAUGCACUUCGUGAAGAAUCCGAUAAGCUGCGCGAGGCCACGAUAUCCCUGGGGCAAGAGAAAGCUGAUCUCAACGUGGAAAUUGAGCGCAUCAGACUUCACGUUGCCCAGGCCGAAGAGACGGUCGACAAACAGCGGGAUCAAAUCUUGGAUCGCGAGAACAGAAUAGCUAUGCUCGAGCAGGCACUCUCGGUCUCCAAAGGCCAUGAAAACGAUUCAGUGUGUCAGAUUGAAGAUCAAAAGAGGAAAAUUGUCACUCUGGAGGCUUACAUCCAGAACUACUCGUUGAGUCAUGCUAGGCAGCUCAGCACUAUGAGAGACGACCAAGCAAAGCUUCACAAAAGAGUUGAUGCAGGUUUUGAUUUGCUCAUCCAGAAAGCAGACGAAACGAAGGAUUCCAUGAUCUCCACAGCCCAGCAAGCCCUCGAGGAAUGUCGUUCUUCCAUUCAAUCAUUGACUGAGCAAUCCACUUCUCAGCAAAUCGAUGUCCAGAAUUUUACCGACGAGGCUAAUCACAUCGUUUCUCAGCUCAAUCGGCUAUCGGUGCAAUUCGCUGAAGGCGUCAAUGGGAGCACCACUCUAAACACUAAUGCAUCUAAGGCUAUCGAAGACGGUUUGGGGCUGAUUGAGAGACACUUUGGAUCCGACUCUCCUCUCUUUACGGAACUUUCUAAUUCCGAAAAAUUACAUGAAAGUUUAACGGGACAGUUUCAGGCUAUGGAGCCAAAAUUGAACCACCUCGAUAAUUCAGUAACCAGCUUGAUAGGAAAUGAAAGGAAACUCCUCGAAAGCCUUGAUACAUUACGCGAAACACUAGCUGAUGAGCAGAUUCGGACAGGAAAAGCAGUCUUGGAAGCUGAACUCGCCAAGAGGGCUAAUGAGAAUGUACAACUUCAGGUCCAGAACUACAAAAUCUCUUUCGAAUCUGAAUUGUUGCAAAAAAGUCUGAAGGAGCAGGAGGCUACCAUCAAGAAAUAUCUUACGGCUAUCGAUGAGAACAAGGCUAGGGUCCAGGUACUUGAGCAGGAAGUGUAUAAUCUCACGGCUGAGAAGGUGGCCUUGGGAGGCGAGAUUGAGACAACGAAGCUCGAAAUGCGGCAGGAGCUGACUCAAGAAAAGCAAGCUUUAAAGGAGCAGAUAAAAGCUCAAUACGAACCACAGCUUAUCAACCUCAGGAAAGACAAACUUGAGCUUGAGGAAGCUUCAGCUGAUCUUAUUAAAAAGCUUGGCGACAUCCAACAUGCCUUGAUUGACGCCAGAAGGGUUGUUGAGCAACUGCGCAAAGAGCGGGAACUCUUGGUCCAAGAAACCGAGCAGCAAGUUGUGGAACUCACGAAGUCCUGUUCUGAAUCCAACGCGCAGCUAGUUGCUCAGACAGGAGAGCUACAGCGAUUCCAAGAACUCGAUGCCGCUUCUAGAGUUGAGAACAGUAGUCUUCGCGAACAGCUUGAGCAAGCACAAGAAACGAUACUUCAUCUUGAGCAGAGACCAACCGCUCCAGCUAAGGGUGAUGACACACGUGAUGCCUCACCAGGUAAUGUCAUUGUUCCUUUUGCUACAAUGGAGGGAAAGCUGUCGCCAACCCCCGCUGAAUCUCCUUUUCAUGAAUCAUGCGACUUUGCAAUGCUCUUCAUGUCAGAUGAAGAAGCAGGCGCUUCCGUGCCAGCUGAAAAGGUCAGGGAUAUUAGCUCACAAGAGCGCAACCUUAAGAGAAGGUCGUCCAAUUCUAAGAAAGCGACAAACUCCCCUGAUGGCGAUAAGCGCACUAAUAAAAGCCCUCUUGCUAAGAAAAAGCGCAAAGUCAGCAUUUCCGAGGCUCCCAGACAAUUGAAAAGUGCUAGGGUUUCGCCGAGUGGCCAGAUGACUACCAGUACUGCCGAAGAGAACAAGAAUAUUGAGAAUUCAGCAAGCAAGAUAUCGAAACAUAUCCAUAAGUGGACCUACAGUCGCAUUCACAGUACAGCCACGCAGCUUCAGAGACAACAGUCCGCCACUUCUGUUCGGUCCGCAGCGUCUGGACGUUCUGUGGUUGAGCGACGAACCAGCCCACAAGGCCUCGUAUCGGCAAGUAGUGCAGUGGAAGUGCCGAAGCGCAAAAGUUCCCGGGGUCGAGGGAGAGGACGAUCUCGCAAUGAUCGAUACCACGCACGCUUCAACACUGAAGAAUAA